AUGUCUUCUCACUACUCUCCAUCACAAGAAAUGGCUAAAACUUCUCCGAAACUUCUUGCUCUCCUACUACUCUUCCACAUCCUGAUCACCAUGACAGUGGCGCGACCUGUCAUCCUGGAAAAGAACCUCAAGAAUCCUGAGAGUUUCUUCGACCAUGAUCGCGGAUACCUAAUCCCAGGCAUUGGACGAGGUAUUAAACCAAAGUGCAAGGAUGGUUUUAAUCCAUUCACCUACAAUCCUGUUACAGGUGGUAAUGAUGGAUUCUUAGGUGACGUGCCUACGGUUCCUAGCGUUGGUGGUCGAAGCUAUGUGCCUGGUGGUGAUGACACGUUUGUUCCGAACCCUGGAGUCGAGGUCCCGAAUCCAGGAAAUAAUGGAGGCAUCAGUCCUAGUCCUAGUAGUAAGUGA